AUGGAUUCCUUACAAGCAUUGAUGUUCAUACGCAACUUGAAGCGAGUUUUCAAUCUUCCACAAUUGGCCGUUAAUGAUAUCUAUUCAAAUCCAUCCCUCCUCUCACUCGCGCGAAUUUUGCAACACUUCUUGAAACAAGAAGAGGAUGUGAGUAUGCCGCUACUCGCUAAAGAAACCGCCUUGAUCGACCCUAUUCCUCCUUUGGAAUAUAGCCCUGUUCCAUCGCCGACAAUAAAUGGUGGAAGUAUUGUCCUCACAGGCUCGACAGGCGGGCUAGGUUCUUAUAUCUUGCAAAGACUCUUGACUGCAACCACCACUACGCAUAUCUACUACCUGCUUACAGAAUUUCCCAAAGACCGCGUUACAUUUCUUUCUGCCGAUCUUUCAAAAUCCAAGCUAGGGCUUGGUGAUGAAAUCUACACUUUCCUUUUGCAAAACAUUACGCAGAUUAUCCACAAUGCUUUGCCGCUCAAGUUUCAUAUCAAUCAAGCAUCGUAUCACCCACACCUUCUAGGAGUUGUCAACUUGGUCAAGUUUGCGAGUGAAGCUUCAAGAUCGCCAUCAUUUUUAUAUGUUUCCUCCGUCAGUGCCGUGUCCAACUUCACCUCCGUCGGCGAACCAAUCAGCAGAAUCCCACAAGCGAUCAUUCAUUGA